GAGACAGAGGAGGGGUCGGUGGGGUGUUUUCCAGUAAAGAAUACUUUCACUUUCAACGUCUUCUGAAAAGCGGAAGUGCGAGCAUAUUUCAUCUUCAACUCGUCUAACAGAAUAGCGGAAUACUUCACCGAGGGACGUUCCUUGAUAGUUAGAUGGAAAAUGGAGAUUGUAAUUGGUCUACUUCUUUCUUCAUUGUCUCUGUAUUGUGACUUCACCGAUGCUGAGUGCCUGGUGAUCAGUCCUGCCAGGCUGGUGGUGAAGUAUGGAGACCCAGCCUCAGCCAAAUGUACUUCAGAUACCCCUGUAGAGAUGGGCUGGGAAACCACCCAGGGAGGGGUUGCUCUAACAGACAAGGAGGUGAAGUUCCUAAACUGGAGGGUGGACAGUGUGACUGACUGGACUAACAACCCUAAGUGCUUCACAGACGGAGGCCUGUGUCAGAAACAGCUGAACAUCACAGUUUAUAAGCUUCCAGACCGUGUCUCCUUCAGCUAUAGGAAGUACCCUGAUCCGAUGGUUGAGGGGGAUCAGUACCUGCUACAGUGUCUUGUCCAGAACAUCGCUCCUAUUGGGAGACUCAGGGUGACCUUCUACAAAGUCAAUACCACUGGUGAACAGACAGAAUUAGACACACAACAGAAACACAAGGACAACAUCAAGACACCAGAGAAUGGGACCUAUACCCUGGACUUCACCCCUAGUAGAGAUGAUGACGGGGCCCAGUUGUGGUGUUCAGCCAUGUUGGAUCUGGGACCAGAGGGACCCCAACCUCCUCCUGUAAUGGAAUCAGACCGCCUCAACAUCAACGUGCACUACAAGCCUCUGAUCACUAUGAGUCCUGGACGUUUCUCCAUGAACAUCACAGAGGGAGACACCCUAUCACUGGCAUGUAGUGCAAAGGGAAACCCCGCCCCCUCCUACAAUUGGUUGCUCCCCCAAUCCGACCCUGCCCCCAACAUCACAGAAGGUAGAUCCGUAGUGACCAUCACCAACAUGGCCAAGUCUCACUCUGGAAAUUACACCUGCAUCGCCAGUAAUCCCCUGGGACACAGUACCUGGACUGUUAACGUGAAGGUCACAGGAGCUUCCUGUCAGGCUGCUGGGAGUGCCUUGGUGGCUGUGCUGCUCCUCCAGCUCAUUCAUUGGCUGUAAGACCACUUCCUGAACCCACUGAUUGGCUGAAUACAUGUGCUUUUUUUUUUUUACAACUGUGAGUGGGGUCUGUCUGUCCACUUUCUGCUAACUAUUGAUGAAUUAUUUUAUUGAUUUAUUGACUGAUAACCAUGCCUACAAUACUUUGAUAAUAAUACCUUGUAACUUUAUGAUUUUGCCUUAUAUACAGUACCAGUCAAAUGUUUGGACCCACCGACACAUUCAAUGGUUUUUCUUUAUUUGUACUAUUUUCUACAUUGUAUAUUGUGUGCACAGCUGU